AUGGGGGUGGUGGUACUGGGAGAGGAAGAGAUGCUGUUCCUACAGGUGCAGUGGUCCAAUUCACACUCGCUGAUGGAACAGUUGGAGACGGUGGAGGAGGAGGAGGGUGUUGGAUUGGUAUGGAAGGCUUUACUGGCUUCGUUGGUAUUGCUGGAACUGGUGGCGGUGCAGGAGGUAGAGAACAUGGGAGUGGUGGUACUGGGGGAGGAAGAGGUGCUGGUGCUACAGAUGCAGUGGUCCAAGUCACAGUCGCUGAUGGAACAGUUGGAGGCGGUGGAGGAGGAGGAGGGUGUUGGAUUGGUAUGGAAGGCUUUACUGGCUUCGUUGGUAUUGCUGGAACUGGUGGCGGUGCAGGAGGUAGAGAACAUGGGAGUGGUGGUACUGGGGGAGGAAGAGGUGCUGGUGCUACAGAUGCAGUGGUCCAAGUCACAGUCGCUGAUGGAACAGUUGGAGGCGGUGGAGGAGGAGGAGGAAGGUGUUGGAUUGGUAUGGAAGGCAUUACUGGCAUCAUUGGUAUUCCUAGAGUAG